AUGAUAAUUUUAGUAGUGUUAGCCUUUAUCGCGGGCUGCUUUUUAAUUUUCUAUUCAAUUAAAGCGAGAAAAUUGGAUAAAGCUACAGCUGAUCUUCCUGCACCGGGUGGUACUUUGCCGAUAGUUGGUAAUGCCAUGAUGUUCCUGGGUGAUAAUCAAACCAUAGUAAACCCAGAAGACACUCAAGUACUGUUGGACAACUGUUUGGAUAAGGAUGUCGUCUACAGAUUUCUUCGACCUUGGCUUGGCCAUGGUCUGUUUAUAGCACCACUUGGUUUAUGGAAAACACAUAGGAAAGUACUAUUACCCGUGUUUCACAACAAGGUGGUUGAGGAAUACGUAGAUGUGAUCUCCAAUCAAGCAGGUGUAUUGCUUGAGAGGCUUCAAGAGAUGUCGGGAAAAGGGAAAUUCGACGUGUUGAAGUAUAUAACAGCUUGUACCCUGGAUAUCGUUUUUGAAACAGCAAUGGGUGAACGCAUGGACGUACAGCAUUCUCCAGACACGCCAUACCUGCGCGCGCGCCACAUUGUCAUGGAAAUACUGAACAUGCGCCUUUUCAAAGUAUGGCUCCAGCCUGACUGCCUCUUUAACUUGACACCGUAUGCCAAGCAGCAGAAGACAAAUAUCCAUCUUACACAUAAGUUCACAGAUGAGGUGGUGCGUAAGAAGCGCCAAGAGUAUGAGAAAAAUAAGGAAAACCCGACCGAAGAUAAACAGCCAGGGGGAAAGUUGAAAGCGGUCCUAGACUUGCUGUUCGGGCGAGAAAUAGAAUUCACCAAUGAGCAACUACGUGAGCAUAUCGACUCUAUUACCAUCGCUGGGAACGAUACGACUGCCCUCGUUAUCGCCUACACAUUAGUUCUUCUUGGGAUACACCAAGACGUUCAACAGACAGUUAUCGAUGAACAAGAGAAAAUCUUCGAAAAUUCACUGAGAGGUGCUAACAAAGAAGAUAUCCAGGAAAUGAAGUGUUUGGAGCGUGUGAUUAAGGAGAGCAUGCGUUUGUACACCGUGGUACCAAUUAUUGCCCGAAAAGUUGACAAACCUCUUUACUUACCUCAUAGCAAAGUAACUUUACCAGCUGGUACUGGUGCUGCGAUUGGAGCCUUUGCAAUGCAUCGGUCCGAGGGCAUUUGGGGCCCCAAACCGAACGACUUCGAUCCAGAUAGGUUCCUACCUGAACGAUCUAUUGGAAGGCAUCCAGCUGCGUUUGUGCCUUUUAGCUACGGAUCUAGGAAUUGUAUAGGUCGCAACUUCGGUAUGAUAAUCAUGAAGAGUAUAAUAUCGAGCAUCAUUAGAUGUUACAAGAUAGAAGCUGAUGAAAUCGGGCCACUAAAAAUCGAGAUGCUUCUAUUUCCUAUAAACGGACAUCAAGUGAAAAUCACAAGACGAGCAGCGUUUAAUUAA